AUGUAUCGAGUUGACAAGGGGCUUGCCAUAUCAUCGCGCUCCAGACCGGUGUCAUGUCACUUCUGUCGCAAGAGAAAGCUUAAGUGCAGUCGGCAAUUCCCAUGUUCCAAUUGCACGAGCCGGGGCAAGGAAUGCCAACUCUAUCCCAUCUUAGCUGCGCAGUCGCUUCCAACCCUUUCAGAUCCGCAAAAAUCAGAGAAUACAUCCGUCGACUUCAACGCCGAUGUUCUUGCUCGGUUGCGCCGUCUAGAAGAUAUUGUGAUUGGUGAAUCAAGUCAAUCUCCAAAUCAGACAGGAUCCCAUCCGUCAACCCCAACACACAAAACAGACCAUUCAAUUAGAAGUCUGCAAGUAGAGUCAUCUUCGGCAGCUGCUGUGGAUUGGCUGGAGGGUGAAAUCACUUCUCCCGGUUUGGCGAACUGCCUCUUGGAAUACGAUCUUGAAUUCAAAACCUGUCCCAUACAGAAAGCUCUGAAAUUGACACCAGCAGUCUCACAAAGUGCACCACGGACAAAAUGCAUUUGGCUCCCUUUAUAUGAAGAGACGCUAGUGAUUAUUGAAAAAUAUAUCAGAGAGAUUACGUACCUUCACCAUGUGGCACAUACUCCAUCAUUGCGGGCUUUGAUUGAAAAGCUUUACAGUGAUAUACGGGACAGCCGGCCUGUCGAGAUUGGACAAGUCUCACUACUAUUGGGAAUCCUCGCCAGUACUACGACCUUCUGGACAGAGCAUGAUAUGCACAUUGACUUCUUCCCCAGUGUUGAAGAAGCCAAUGGACAGUCCAUACAAUGGAUGAGACUGGCAUUGGAGGUGAUUGAAUAUUCACGCUCCAAGCACACUGAGUCCCUUGAAGAUGUCCAGGCUAUGAUCAUUCUGAUCUUCGUGACUACCAAUCUGGUUGGAAUAGCCUCUCAAGCUCGGUAUCUCGUGAGCAUGGCAAUUUCAAUGGCAAGAGAACUAUCCUUACACCGCAUCGAUCACCCACACAACCGCAGUCUAGAUAUUCCUCCGCGGGACUCUGCGAGAGCAGAGAUAGGUCGAAGAGUGUGGUGGUAUGUAGUGGCAACUGAUUGGCAAAUGUCCCAAAUUUCUGGCCCUCAGAAAGGUACAUAUUCGAUUGAUCCUCGCCAUAUGAUGACCGACAAACCCAUCAAUGUAAAUGACGAGGACUUGAUCGAUGGGAUGAUUCGCAUCGGGAAACCAAUUGAAGAGCCAACAUCGAUGUCGUACUGUCUUCAGCGAAUCCGACUGGGUGAGUUCUGUCGCGAAAUAACAGAUAGCGCACCAUUUGGGAUGUUCGACCCAGGCACGCCGGACUAUGAGCAAACCCAACAGAUUGACAUCAAGAUAUGUGAAUUUGUAUCAAAACUACCCACUUUCUUUUCUUUGUCUUUUGUUCCAGAUAAUAUCCCAAAGAACGAUCCACGGCAAUCCACAGGAAUCAAUAUCCAGCGAUACAUCUUCAAUUUUAUGAUUCACACCCAGAGAUGCAGACUCCAUCUACCCUAUCUGUCGCGCUCAGCAAAGGAUCCUGCAUAUGAGCCCUCCCGGAAAGCUUGUCUAGAGGCUGCGCGAAUGGUCAUUCAGACUGAACACCAACUAUCCCGUGAGAUGAUUUCGUUCGUAACAACACGUUUGAAGUUUUCAGGCAUGAUACAUUGUGUCUGCGUGGCUAUUAUUGUGCUCCUCAUCGACUACUGUUUGGGCAGUUCUCAACAAGAGAAUGAGCAAGGGCGAGAAAGGGAGAUUCUUGAUGCUUUUGAAAUCUUAGAGGAGGCCAAAGGACACUCACCAUUUGCAAAGGGUCUACUCGAAUGUUUCAAAAAUGUUCUUCGUCAACGAAACAUAACAACCCCAGCUAAAGGAAAAACAAUGGGACCCACCAUCCAGGAACAGACAUCUGCUGGGCAUUUGGGUAACUUUACUAUGCCCACAGGCCUGACCGAUUCAAUUGCAUGCAUUGACAGCAAAUUAAUGGAUCCGACGAUGCCCUCUUUGGAUGAGCUCUGGCAGGCAUUUGACGAGAGUGUGGACUCAGCGGCUGUGGACUGGAAUACCCUCUUCACCGAGCUGGAUACCCCGUUCCUGUCUAUGUAA